AUGCCUGCUCUCAUGGAAGAUCCUUCCACCCGCCUCCCCGCACCCCAGACACACACCGCGGCUGCACCCACCUUGACCCCGCGACAGACUACUCUGCCCAAAGCAGGAGAUGCAGGCGUAACCCUGUACCCCAUCACAAAGGGACCGAGCAGUCUUCCCCAGGACCUCACUGCCUUCCUGCAUUCUGAGUUCAGCGCGGAGAUCGAGCGCGGCGCGACAUAUCCAAUGGAACAGCCCAUGGCUCUGGAUCAAUUCCGGGAUUAUUGGUUCGGGACUUUUGCUGUUGUCGCUGUCUUGGAUGAGGAGGGUACUGCUCCUGGUGAGGGCUUGAGAGAGGGCCGAAAAUGGGAGGAUGUUUGCUUAGGAACUUUUUAUAUCAAGCCGAACUAUCCCGGCCGCUGCUCGCACAUCUGCAACGCAGGUUUUAUGACUACUAAUGCCGCACGAGGGAAGGGUGUUGGGCAAGUCAUGGGCGAGGCAUAUCUUGAGUUUGCGCCGAGAUUGGGAUACAAGUACUCCGUUUUCAACCUGGUCUUCGCCAACAACCCAGCCUCCAUUCGCAUCUGGGAGAAGCUCGGAUUCAGCGUCAUUGGACGCGUCCCCAAGGCAGCACGGCUGGCGAACAGCGAGGAGCUGGUUGACGCUUUGAUUUUCGGACGCGAGCUUGGGAAUUGA